CCUACAUAACCAAACACGAAACUAUCCUUAAACUACUAAUUGUACCCUCAACACAUAUCAAAGUGAAAUACUCAUCCCCGUCCGUCCCACUCCACCUACGAAUAGAUCAAACAAGUAUAGGACAAAGAUCGAAAUUGUCAUCCCUAGUUCCCUACCAAAGUUUGAGAGCUUUGUUUUUUCAUUAUGGGAACCAAGGAAAGGGAGAGAAUAGAAAGAUCGAUUGAGAUAUCUUCUUUCUCCCACCAAAAGAACCCCCCAACUGUCUUGCAUUGAAUGUGUCCAACGAACCCCCCGAAAAAGAAACUAAUACCUGGAGUGUUCCGGAAAUAGGAGAAGGAAAGGAGACAGUGCGUACACUUCCACACUUGUGCUUUUCCCUUCUCCACCUCUACCGUCUCCCGUCCAUGAGUGUCAUUGGGUCAUCAUUACUGUGGGUUAGUGCAAUGGCUCGGUUCGGUUAACAUUUCGGAUCGAUCUAAUAAAAGUAUCGUUAAACUCGAAAAUUAUUCGGGUUAAUUAAAGAACGCUAUAUCAGAUUUAUUGUUUUGUAGUUCAAAUCAUCUCGAUCACUAAGAUGAACUUGUUAAUUGUUAUAUAGACGUGAUAUAUGUAAGAUACCCAUUAGAGUCAUUAGAAUACAAAUUCUUAUUGAGCAAUAAGGAGAUGGAGAAAACCAUUCAUCCCAAAAACAAAAAAGGAGACGAAGAAAACAUGUGGGAUUUGGGGUACCAAUUAGAGUUCUUUUGGGAAAGGUAUUACAAUAAGUUACUAGAACGAAAUAACGCACAAGCAGUAACCGAAAAACAUAAAUCUCAAGUACAAAAAUAAAUGAAAGUUAACAUACGAUUUUGAUCCAAUAUAGACCGAAUCAUUACCGACUUUCCAUCAAUAGGAUAUUAUAAUCCAUCAUUCAUAUGGUUACCCGUUAUACUACUCCGAAUUAGAAAGAACAUAAAAGCAAAAAAAUCUCCCUAGAUCCCCUCCAGCUUGGAGAUUUACAUAACCAACAAAAACUUACAUAUAUGUAAACCCCAAAAAAAAAAAAAACUCCCCAAGAUGAUGAAACUGAAACCAUAAAUGUUCUCUUUGUUGUGCAAAAUUGCUCUCCAAUUCUGGGUUGCCACAAGAAUCUACUAAACUUGGUAAUUAGCCAACUUGAUUUAGUCACAUUUGCUAUACAGUAGUAUACACCCAUUUAGUCACAUUUUCAGCUUCAGUGUGAGUUAACUCCUAAAAAUUUAAUCAGCAGACGUGGCACUCCCUACUCCCACUACGUGUCGAAAUCGCCACCAUCCCUCCCUCUCUUUCUCUCUUCUCACACCCCCCAGCUCGUAUAUAGUACUCUUCUACUGUCACUUCUCUGCUUACUUUUUACUACUCUGCUUUUCCUCCUCUCUGCCUUUUUUUUUUCUUCGUUUCUCGUCUUCAUCAUAGGCUGCUGCUGCAGUGAUGGGGAGAGCGCCCUGCUGCGAGAAAGUUGGGCUGAAGAAAGGGAGAUGGACGGCCGAAGAAGACCAGAUCUUGACCUCCUACAUUCAACAGAAUGGCGAGGGCAAAUGGCGCUCCCUCCCCAAAAACGCCGGGCUGUUGAGGUGUGGGAAGAGUUGCAGGCUGAGGUGGAUCAAUUACCUGAGGGCAGACCUGAAGAGAGGCAACAUCACUAAGGAGGAAGAAGAAACCAUCGUUAAGCUCCACAAGUCUCUUGGCAAUAGGUGGUCGGUGAUAGCGGCCCAAUUACCGGGAAGAACGGACAACGAGAUCAAAAACUACUGGAACUCUCAUUUGAGCCGCAAGAUCUUCACCUUCCGCCGCUCUUCCUCCUUCGACUCCUCCGCCUCCUCCACCGCCUCCUCCACCUACUCUUCUACCGCCGACGAUGGGCAGCCGAACGUCAGCGCUAUCUCCGUCUCCGCCGCCGCGGCGCGCAGCAGCAGAAAGCGCAAAAAGGCAUUAUCAUCGUCGGGAAAAUUAGAGAACCCUGUCCCCAAGAAAGACGAGAAAACUGCAGAUCCCCUUAGCGGGAUCACUACCUCCGCCGGGGAACAGGGGAGCGAAGGUGGUGGCGGCUUGGAUUUGGGUUUGGACGGUGGAGAAUUGAUGAUGGAAUUGGAGGAAAACGUGGGUAUUGUUGCGGGAGAAGAAGAUGGAGAUGGGAUUUUGGGACCGUAUGAAUGGCUGGAUAGUGAAAUGAAUCGGCUUAAAUGCAAGCUCCAUCAUGGCACUGAAGAUGGAGAAGGAAAUGGAGAACAGGGGAAAGAGGCUGCACCAGCAGCGGAUCAGGCAAGUUGGGGCUUGGAGAACGGUGGAGUUGGUGCAAUGAUGGUGGUGGAGAGUGUGAGUAACAGAGGCAAUCAUAGCAGUAGCAGCAGCACAACUAGUAACAGUAAUAACUGUAUCUGCGAACAUCAUGGUCAAGGGGAGGAGAAGGAAGGGGAAGAAUGGCUGGACUGGGACCAGAUUACUGGAGGGGACGAGCUUCAGAACAUUCAUUGGGAUGAAGAAGACAGCAGCAUUUUGUCUUGGCUCUUGGAUGGUAAUGAACAGCUGCAAUAGAAAGGGAUGAAGGAAGCUGUGGAAGGGGAAACGAAUUGGAUUGGCUUAUCUGGUUUGUUAACUCGAUCAUCUUUAUGAGUUUUAUUACUAUGUUUGAUUACCCUAGUUUUUAUGUUUAAUUAUGUGUACAGUGAGAGACCAUAGAGGUCUGAUUAGUUGGUGUUUGAAUGAAUCUCUCUGAGGAGAAGAAAAAAAAGGUACUUUUUUCCACGUUUCAAAGAGGAAGGGAAUCAAAUUGCUGCAGUUUUUGGUCUCUUCUUAUUCGUAAUUUGAUUGCUGUUUUUGACAACCCUUUGAAGCUUUUCUAUGUUAUAGCCACAUAGCAUGAUUCUUUAGAGCCCUGUUAGGUUUGUUGAAUUGAUCUCUCUGCAAAAGGAAUGAAAUGGCUGCAGAUUU